AACACUGUGGGUAAUAACCCCUCAUUUCCUCUACUGACGCCAUUUUGUUCUCUGCCUUGAAUCCAAAAACAGAUAGGGGGAAAGACAUUUCCUCCCCAAGGCACUUUAAAAAGUAAUACCUCCGUCUUCCAGGAACCCUGAAAUGAGGAAGGUUGUCCCUGGUGAAGCAGAUACAGUGUGGCAUUUGGGGGGGGGGGGGGUCCCAGAAGCUUUUGAAAGUUUCAUAGGCCUCUGUUUGACAUUGGCUCAAAAGACAUGGAAUUAGCAGGCAAUAAAACGACUUCGCCCCUUCCCCCUCUUCUCUGCAGGGGAGGGAUCAGUUCUCAGCUGGCCAGGCCAGUGUCACUGAUACAGCUGGUGUCACUGUUACCUUCCACUAACAUCACUCGACACCUACCCUACCGACCCACAGGUUUGGACCCUUCUUGUCUCAGAACCCCAGGGAAAGCCACAACAUAAGGUGUUGCUGAAACGCAGUGAUCUAAUGAUAAGUGAUCUUGAUAGGAACCCAGGGCCAGAUAGCUCCUCUCAGAGCUUGGUUCUUGCUGCUUGGGCUGAACAAUGCCAACCUGGCCGAUAUGAAUUCAUCACUGGCUGGGAGCUGAGACAGAACAAAGAUGCUAUACAAGAAAAGGAUAUCUGGAGUGGUUCCAAAAUGAGGAGCUAGGGCAGAAUUGGCUCGAGGCCUUGGCCUGGCCGGGGGAUCUGCCUGGCCCUGGAGUUCUGACUGGCUGCACUCCGGUGUGUGUCCCGGACAGCAUCAUGCUGCAGCAGAUCCUGCAAGACAUGUACAUCGACCCAGAGCUUCUGGCUGAGCUCAGUGAUGUGCAAAAGCACAUCCUCUUCUAUAAGAUGCGAGAGGAGCAGCUUCGACGUUGGAGGGAACGGGAGGCAUGGGAUGCCCUGGCUCAGGCAGAAGGCCUCAGGCCCGCAAAGGUCAAGAGAGCGAGCAACAAGCACAUCCAGUGGCUGCUGGGAGCGGAUGGCGAGGUCUGGGUGUGGGUCAUGGGAGAAGGCCCUGGAGACAAGCCCUAUGAAGAGAUAUCUGAGGAACUGAUUGCAGAGAGGGCUCGGCUGCAAGCACAGAAAGAGGCCGAAGAGCUCUGGAGACAGAAGGAAGCAGAGAUCACCAAAAAGUUCCGGGAUGCCUUGGCCAAUGAGAAAGCCCGGAUUCUGGCGGAGAAGUGGAAAGUGGAGAUGGAGGACCGCAAGGCUGCUAAGGUCCUGGAGGAACGGAUACAUGAGGAAUUCAAGAGGAAAGAAGAGGAAGAGAGGAGGCGAGGGGAAGAACAGAUUCGACUCCAAGAGGAACAGAGGGCAAAGGAACUCUACUGGACCCUGAAGCAGGCCCAGUUGCACUGCCAAGACAGUGAGAACGAGGAGCGUGAAUGGGAAGAACAGCUGCGUAGAUCCAAGGCAGCUGAUGAGGAGAGGAGCCGUCGUGCUCAGCGAGCCCGGGAUGAGUACCGGCGCCACUCACUGCGAGCCAUCCAGAAGGGCACUGUUGCUGGUCUAAGCACCAUGUUCCAAGAACUUGGUCAGAACCAUGAGCAGGAGGCAAGACUCUAUCACCAACUUCCUGGCACCAGGCCACCAUCACCUCUCACAGGACCUGACAGGACCUGGGAGCGACCUCUGCGUCCACUCUCCAGAGAAGUCAUCGUGCGCUGGUUCAAGGAGGAACAGCUGCCUCGCCGAGCUGGCUUUGAAAGGAACACGAAGUCCAUCGCUCCCUGGUUCCAUGGAAUUAUUAGCCGAGAGAAUGCAGAAGACCUUCUGGAGAAUAUGACCGAGGGAGCAUUUCUAGUCCGGGUCAGUGAGAAGAUCUGGGGUUAUACCCUGUCCUACCGCCUGCAGAGAGGUUUCAAACAUUUCCUUGUGGAUGCCUCUGGGGACUUCUACAGCUUUCUGGGAGUGGACCCCAAUCGCCAUGCCACCCUAACAGAUCUCAUCGAUUUCCACAAGGAGGAAAUCAUCACCGUUUCAGGGGGAGAGUUGCUACAGGAACCCUGCGGACAGAGGGAUAGCCCACCAGACUAUCACCUGUUGUUUGAAUGAUUUUUUUCCCUCUUCUUUGGACUCCUUUGAGUAUCCUGAUUUUAAACUGAGCUUAAUAAUGUCCAACUCAAAGCCUCAUGGCAUUCUGGAAGAUCCACCAUUCUUCAGAUGAACAAUUGUAGUACCGAGCCUCCAGGAUGUGACCUAUGAAAUGUGACUGCAUUUGUGAUACUGGUCCCAUUCCAAAGCUCAAGACAGAAACCCCAAAUAACGAUGCAUCUGGAGGCCUGUCUGUCAUGGCUGUGCUAAUCUGAACUCCGAGAGUGAAUGGGUCAUGUUUUAGUAACCCAAGUAAUUCCAGUGCCGAACCUUCCAUUUAAUAUAGAGCCAGUACUCAAUAAUUAUUUGUUGAGUGAAUGCCCUUCUGAAAAACUCCCAACAUCAAUGACUUCUAGCAAAUUAUUUUCUAUACCACUCCAUAAAGUCAUAGAAAUAACGGAAGCAGGCUUGCGACUAACUUCCAUGUAAGGCAUACAUAUUGCAUCUUUCCUACUGUUCAGGGACUUGUUGAUAUUAUCAUGGGCGUUACCCAAGGUUGCUAUGCUUGGCUUUCAGGACAGAAGAUUAAUG